AUGUUUUCAGGACUCACUAAUCAGGUCAGUUCGUGGAUGGGAGCUGCUAAGGGCGAGCCCCAAGAUGAGGAAGUCCCAACCCCAACGAAGGAAGCGACUGGGGAAGCCUCCGCAGCGACGGCAGAAGGCGAAAAGUUAAGUCCCACAAAAGGAGGCAGUAAGCUGGACCUAAUUACCAAUGUCAAGUCACAGAUGACAGGCUGGCUUGGCUCUGGGAUCCCAAUUCCUGGUCUUAGAAAAAAUGAGCCAGCUCCAGCAGAACCUGAGCCUGCACCGGUGGAACCAGCAGAGGCGGUGGAACCAAGACCUGAGGGCAAAGAUGAUGAUGAUAAUUCUAGGUAUAAUAGCGCCACUGGUGGGGCGGACAGCAGGCCAGCUUCUACUGGCGGCACCCCCACUGAGGAGCAACCUGGAGGCGUUGGAAACGUGACAACCAAGGCGGUUGCCGGAGCCAAGUCCCUGGGCAACUUCUUGUACUCCGCCGUGAAUAAGGCUGGAGCUAAAGUGAGCGAGGCCAGCGCCAAGAUCAAGAAGACCGUCGAGGAAAAUUUAUAUGAAAAUCCGUGA